GGCGGCUCUGAGUUUGUAGGUAGCCUGUGGUUUAAUAUCUUUCUCUGCCGUUUAACUCAGCUCCACGGGGCACAUGGCAUCUCCCUCUGCUCAUCACAAUGUCUGCAUCAAACAAAUGAAAAACAAAAACAUGGUGGCCUCUCCCAGCAAAGCUCCAGGGUUGGAAAGAGUCCCCUGGCAGGGAAUUGGCACCCCGUCAUGCCCAUCCUCUCUCUCUUACUGCCUGCUGGAAAUGCCCCCAUCUCCCUUUGAGUCCUCCUCCUGGGCGACCCCUGUGAGCCCCAUUAACCUCUGUCCUGAAAUCAUCACAAUGGCCAGGGUGGCCUCAGCUCAGGGCCUCUGUGACAUCACCAAGGGCCUGGCACCAGGUGCCCAGUCUCCCAGUUGCGAGGACAAGCAAACCCAUCAUGAGCAUCUCCCUUCCCCAUCUCUGCUCACCAUGUGGACGCUGAAAUGGUUCCUGGUCCUGCUUCUGUGCCUCACCUACAGCUAUGCCUCUAUGUUCUCUUCUCUGAGAGAGAAAACUAGUGAACCCCAGGGGAAGGUGCCGUGCGAAGGGCACUUUCGGAUUCGGCAGAAUCUACCAGAGUAUGCCCAAGGCUGGCUUGGGAGCAAAUGGCUCUGGCUUUUGUUUGUUGUUGUGCUGUUUGUGAUACUGAAGUAUCAAAGAGACAAAGAGAAGAAUAAGGAGCAGACUCCUCUUGGCCUUCGAUGCUUCCCAUUUCGCACUCCACUAAAGAAAAAUCAAAAUGCUUCUCUUUUCAAAGACUGUACAUUCAAUACCUUACACGAACUCGAGGUGGAGCUUGUGAGAGUUAUGUCCAAAGUGCAGCAUCUUAAAGGUGCCAUGGCAACAGGCAAUGUCAGUAACCUCUGGCUUCGAAGGUUAGAGAGGCCUGCAAAUCCAUACCAUCUCACGAUCUAUGACAUAUGGGGAGAAGCAAGCUCUAGCUAAAUGGAUUUGUGUGUCAAAGUAGGAGAGAAAAAAGUUGUGUUGACAAACUGUAUACAAAUCAAUAAAAGUAUUC